CUCUCCCUCACACUCCCAUUCCAUCCUGUAACGUAUAAGGGAGCCGCCCAGCUCAGGGGAUCUUCUUGCUAGCAAAGUUAGCACUUCCAACAGAAACGCGUCCACAGAUACAGUCAUGUCCUCAUUAAGCUCCAAGUCGUCUGAAGAGCUGUGUAAACUUUUGGAUGAAUAUGGGAUUAACCAUGGACCCAUUGUGGACUCCACCAGGAAGCUUUAUGAGAAGAAGCUGACAGAGGCCAUGGCCAAAAACAAGAAGCCAUCAUCUGACAAGACGUACUACAGAGAAGAACAGGAAGAAAUCACAUACGUUACAUAUCAUCCAUCAGUGCAACAUGAAAACUUUGGAGACGUAACAAGAAGAAUGAGGACCUAUGAGAAUGCUGAUGAUGCGGAUAAUGAAAAUGAACCUAUCAUCAGCUACACUCGAACAGCCUACCAGAGUACACCCCGAUCUAGACCAACAGCCUACACAAGCAAGUCAAGCCUCCAGGAUGCUAGUCCAGGAACAGUCAGAUCUGAAGGGAGCAAAUCUGGUGGUGUGCCUGGGUGGCUUCGUGUCUUGGUUUUCAUCAUCAUUGCAGUGUUUCUUUACUAUGUGUACUCGAACAUGGAGUCUGCAGACGAAAACCCUUUUAAAAAGAUUGAUGCAUAAAUAGUUGCUCAUUAGUCCAUACAUAUGAAGCUAUAUAAAAAUGCUAAUUUUUCCCCUUGAGGUGAUCCAUUUCCAUGUUCAUUACAAGCACAAAUUUUUUUCUAUUAGGAACUUUAUAUAUGUGCAUAUUUUAUAUUAGAUGCACUACCUGUUCAUGAACACAGUUUUACAUGGCCGACAUGUGGUGUGCAAUUGUUUUGUUGUGCAAUUUCCAUGUAACCAAAAUGAUAUGGUGGGGGUUGUUGGUCAGCCCAAUAAUAGCCAUAAUUUUAUACAAAAAAACACAAAACAAGCCAUUAUAAAAUAAAAUUGUGUCCAAAACACAA